UUCCAGUGACCAAUUUAUCAAUAAAUACCAUAGUUUAGUGAAUGUUUAUAUGAUAUGACCCACCUUAUUCAUCCAUGAUUCAUCUCUCUAUCAAUCAAACCCUAGUGAUAGCAAUCAUUUCGAAUCAAGUGAAUGAGCAAAGUUGCUUUUCUUGCAGGCCCCUCAAACCCGUCGGCCUUGAAAGGAACCUGAGCGGCCAACAUGUUAAGAAACCGUUAAAAACUGCAUAACUAUGAUUUCUUUGUGACAGUUGCCAUGGUACACGCGGGAAAUCUGAAUAUUUCCCACCACCAUAAUCUAUGUACAGGCUUGCUCUUCUUUCAAGCAGCCAGUCGAACCAACCCUGCAAAAAUAUCACACAAUGUAGAUUGGAGAGCACAUUUCUUCUUCCUCCUUUUUAAGGUGAAUUCAAUGAUGAAUAAAUGGCAAAGUGAGAGGAGGAAGAGAGAGAAAAUCAUUGAAAACCCUAAUUUUUAUCAAAAAACAACAUUCCAUCCUUCGAUAAUUUUCAAGACCUUUUGAUUUCCCCCUUUUUACAUUUCCUCUGCAUUUGUCUCAGUGAGAAGAGAGAGAGGGGGGGGAGGGGCAUUUCUCCCUCUCUCUAGGUAGCCUUAAUAUCAUGGAUGAUGGUGGUCGAUCAGCGCCUCCUCCUCAAACUUCCUCAUGGUCGUCGUUUCAACAUUUUAACCUUUGGCCCAAAUUCUCCAUGUAAUUUUGUUAACCCAUUUCCCCCUUUUCUCUCUUUUCUUUCUUUCUCUUUCCUCUUCUUCCCUCUUCGGUUCUGUUUGGGGUUGAGGGGAAAAAAGAAAAAAAAAACGAAAACAAACAAUGACCUUUGAUCAAACAUUGUUCAUACAGCAGCAGCGUACUAGCUUGAUUGCAUGUUUGUCUUCCAACUGCCAUUCUUUGGCAACAAUGGUUCUUCUCGAGAGCCAGCCAAAGAAGGCAUCCAAGACAAAGGGCCGCAGCCUAUCACAGGAAGAAGAAGUCGAGCUGGCUUCUCCGACUCCUUUCAAGAUCUUGACGUGGGAUCUUUAAUUGUUGACGACCACAACGAAGACAAAGAUAAAGCUCAGCAGCCUCAGGUUCAAGUUAAUAAUAAACAAUCUCAACAGCCAGAGGAAGAGGCUGGGGUCAAGAAGUCAGAGUCCUCCCCAAAGAAAGUAGCGUCAGGAGAUAACCCUGGUGUCGUUACCCUAGAACCAAUCGUCAUUCCCCAACCCACAGGAAGUCCCAAAGGUAACCCUGCCAUCAUAGGCACCCCGACGACCAACAAAGCAUCACCAUCAACAGCAAUUGUUGCUUCUGAUCAGCCACCCCAACUUCCCAACACCUCUGGCACGGACGCACUUUCCAUAGUUCCUUUAGUCUGGCGUGAUUUUUGCAAGGUGUUCAAGAAGGGGCCCACCCCAUUGAUAAAAAAACAGAACAUCCCAAGUCUGAAAAAAGCUGUCCCUAAGCUCACCAGAAGGAAGAGCAAAAGGAUUCGAGACGGCAUGGUCCCACCAUUGAGUUCCCCACUCGAUGCUGAACUUUGUUACCUCAAACCUUCAUGGAAGAAUUUCGCUCUCUGGGAGUUGCUUGCUGCCACAGACAAUUAUAGUCGGGAUAACUUGAUUGGAGAAGGAGGGUAUGCGGAGGUUUACAAAGGGAAAUUGGCUGACGGGCAGUUCGUUGCCAUAAAAAGACUAGUCAGAGGCAAUUCACCGGAAGAGAUGACCAUGGAUUUUUUAUCUGAGCUCGGGAUUAUCUGCCAUGUUGACCACCCCAAUAUUGCUAAAUUAAUUGGGUAUGGUGUUGAAGGGGGAAUGCACCUUGUUCUUCAGCUGUCUAUCAAUGGAAGCGUCUCAUCUUUACUCUACGGACCAAGGGAAAAGUUGAGCUGGCCGAUUAGAUACAAGAUUGCUGCAGGAACGGCUGAGGGGCUUUUGUACCUUCAUGAGGGUUGUCAGAGGAGAAUUAUUCAUAAAGAUAUCAAGGCAGCUAAUAUUUUGCUCACAGAAGAUUUCGAACCUCAGAUUUCAGAUUUUGGGUUAGCAAGAUGGUUACCAGAGAACUGGACGCAUCACACUGUAUCAAAAAUUGAAGGAACCUUUGGUUACCUUCCUCCCGAGUUCUUCAUGCAUGGGAUAGUAGAUGAGAAAACAGAUGUUUUUGCUUAUGGAGUUUUAUUACUAGAGCUCAUCACAGGAAGACAAGCCAUUGACAGUUCACAACAAAGCCUCGUGAUGUGGGCUAAACCAUUGCUUAUGCAAAACAAGAUCAGUAACUUGGUAGACCCGGUCCUGGGUGACUCAUACAACAUGGAACAGAUGGAGCGUGUCGUUUGUCUAGCUGCAAUGUGUGUUGAACAGGCCUCGGUUCAGAGGCCACAGAUGAGCCAGGCAGUGGAGAUUCUGAGCGGUGAUGGGAGCACAUUAGAGGAAGUGAGACGAAGACAGAAGUCCAAGCUCCAAAGAACAUACUCCGAGGAGCUUUUCGAUGCAGACGAGUACAAUUCGACGAGGUACUUGAGUAAUCUCAACAUACAUUUGGAGGAUCUCUUGGAACCGGAUGAUAGCAUUAACGAUUAUCCUAACAAUGAUGAUGAUGAUGAUGAUGAUGAGGCUUUUGUCGAGGCUUCUGAAUAUGUCAAGUCGCCAUCAGAACACGAAGAGGAGAACUCAACCAACCAUGAGGAUGGUGAUGCAGAGAAGUUGUCGAAUGUUGCGGAGGAGAAAUCGAUAGAUGGUGACAAAGGGAAAUCCAAUGAUGUGGAUGAUAAAAAAGAAUGAGAACUAAAAAGAUAGAAGGGAGUGUUUUUCUUAUUGCUUAAGUACUUGUCGUAGAAGAAGAUCACAUCUCAGACAUUUUUCUUGGGAAGUAAGUACUUUCAGGAAAGAAGCUCGGGGGAUAACGGCAUGGUGGAGAAAGGAACUCCAUAUUGUACAAAGAGAGAGAGAGCGAAAGAGGAACAAAGCAAAAGAUAUCAAACUACACUAGAGUAGCUUGAACGAGAAACUUAUGAAAUUGUACAUGGAAAAAGAAGACUAGUUUGGAAAACCCCACUAAAACAAUGAAAGAUUGGUUGGGUUGUGCUACUGCUAUAUUUCAACAGUAUAUUGAUUAAAUAGACUUCACAUUGGCAUCGGGGGCCAUAUAAAGACACAUAUGAUUAAGUCGAGUUGUUGCUUGGCAUCGAACAUCAGCUGAUGGCGAAUGUUAGAACGUGUUUCUUUGAUUGAUUAUUAAUUUUAGAUGCGC